AAUCGGCUCGUAAGACGAUCUCGACGCCGAUUUUGCAGGCGAGCGGUGACAACGUGAGAAACGAUUACAGAAAUGUGAGAAGCCGAGCGUACGUGAAAAAUGCAAAGAAGAAAAGCGACUCGAUGACGAAGAAGAACGACAUUAUCCUGAAACAAUCGUCCUCGUUCAUCGCAACCAACUCUGAAUUACCGAUCGUCGAUAUAUCGGCGUUCGAUUACGACGCGUACCGGUUCAAAUUGGUAGAGACGGCACUUAGGAAGCAGUACAACAAUUAUCAGCCACCUGGCGACGUUGUCAUGAAUUCCAUUCACUUGAACAACAACGAUUCCACGAUCGCUUUGAGACUGAACAAUCAGUAUCACCACAGCCUGUUCGACUUUGUGGAGGAAUAUUACGACGCGACCAAGGGUAUGAGCAAAAAGGAAACCGAGUAUUUGCAUCCAUUGGAUCAUUUUCUGAUAAAGGGAACGCAGAAGCCGGAAACGGUGGAGAAGGAAACGGAAACGAAGCACGUGGAGAUGGUCGAUGUUGGUGGACAGGAUGAAAGAUCGCCCAAGAUUUCGUUUUACGAUGAUACCGUUGUGGAUGGCUCGAUACAAAGGAGACAAGACUCGAUCGUUAAGGGAGGCUUGAAAUCGUCAAAACCGAGGCCAUCGAGCGCGGGAGCCGACUCGACCACUUCGAGGAUAUCAACGUUGCCACGGUCCACGAUCAAGAAGAGCGCGACGAAAUUCUCCAGGACGAAUUCGAGCACCGAUUCGGGAAGCUCGAAGCGGGAAACGUUCUUCUUCAACUCGCACAGACGCGAGGACAAAAUUCUGUCGUUCAUCGACGGAGUCGAAAGGGAGUCGAUGAAUUGCUCGACGAUCAGCUCGAUCGACACCGAGAGCGUGCGCAGCAUGUCGAGCAAGUAUCGAGACAUUCACUCUUCCCGCUCCCGCGAUUCAUCGAUCGGCUCGAGGCCAUGCGUCGCGGAGAAGCCGCACUUUGUUCCCUGGCUGGCCGGAAAUACGGAGACAUCGUUCAACAAGAAGUACGUGAACCCUGAUAGGAUAUCGUUGAAGACGUCGGAAACGUGCAAGAGGAAGAUGUCGAGGAAAUUGAGCAACUCGUCCAAACAUCAAACCAGCAAACCGUCCAUUCAAAAUAAUUCGGGAUGGGUCGAUCAGAUGGUGAAAAGUCUGCCCCAAUUGGACAAGAAUUCGGCCAAGGAUGGGUUGAAGUUGGGUAUUAAGAACGAAGAGGCGAGAUCGAACAAUCAAAUUGGAAAACUGGAGGUGAUCAAAAGCGAAACUGAAAAGUUGGCGAAGAUCGAUUUACCAUCCGUAGGUAAUUUGUCGGCGAGGAACGAUUCGCUGACCCGUUCGCGCCGUUCCUCGAUUAAGAAUCCGUCCGAGGGGAGCUCGCCAAGGAUGUACACGCGGAGAACGAUCGAUUCCUUGAUGGAGAUGGCGGGAGAUUCCGGCGAGGAGACGAGAUUAGCAGCGCAGACCAGGUCGAAGAGGGCUACGAGCGAGGAUGAAAACGCGGAAGAGUGCUCGAGGAGGUUGUCGGGGAAACAGGAGCAGCCGGCUGAGAAACUCGGCAAAGUUUCGAGCGACAGGAAACAAGGCUCGCGAAACGUCAGCCCUGUGCUAUUGGCGAAACAACAGUCUGCGCCGAAACCGGAACUUUCCAUGGAAUCGUUCCCCACGAAGGACGAGAUUCGAGAAAACGUUCGCCAAACGGGUUUGGACAGGUUGAAGGGUAACGAGAAACGGAAAGAGACGUCGGAGAUGAACGUGAAAACGGCGAAAGAUGGUAUUAAGAGGUGUCAGGAUGGCCAACAGGCGAGGAUGGGUCAAAAUUCCCCUAGAUCGAACGCGUACGAGAGGAGGAACACGGCCGACUCGUCGACGAGGAGCAAGGAAGAGGAGAAGACGAGCGAGGUUGGAGGUCGUAGGAAAGCUUCGAGCGUGAUCAAGAAUUUUGGUAAAAGCAGCGCGAACAAGAUGCCCUCCGAAAAGAUGAAAAGCUUGCAUCAAAGGGCGACGGCUUCGAAAUUGAACACCGGUUUUCACGAUAACAGCGCUCGAUCGAUGCAGAUCAACAAGUCGAGCAAGCCGUUAAUGGGCGAGAUGAAGUGUUCGAGGGUUGGGAAGGUGGAGAAAGUCGGAUUCGAGUCGAUUAGGAUUCAAGAAUUGAAGGAAGACGACUUGAAAUUGCCGCGUCGUGACUCGAAGGCCGGCAUAGCUAUGCAGGCGGGAUUGAAGAAGUAUAUCAAGAAGUUGAAACGGGUGUUGUCCGAUCGCGACAACACGAAUAUCGGCGAGUUGGCCUCUUUGAGCCUUACCGACGCCAUCUUGCCCGAUCUUGAGUCGACGUUGUCGUCGGUCGAGGUCCAGGAGGUGCAGAAUCUGUUGAACAUGGCCGAGAAGAAGUCCGAGUUGUUGCAGAAGAAUAUUUCUGUAUUGUGAUAUGUUUUCCUUUCACCCUCUCUACAUGUAUAUAUUUUUCUUUCUUUUAAGCGAAAACAAUUUGUACCAUACCGAUGCCUCUCCCCCCUCCUCCUAUAUCGAAUCGAUCCGCAAUCUUUUUUUAAAGCAUUUUUUUGAUAUCCCUUCAAACGCUUACCAUACGAUUCCACUUGUUUUCACUUGAAGAAAACGCUCUGUAUCCAUCCAUUUCAUUGAUAUAUAUAUUGCAAUAAUUAUACAAAAAUUAUACAUCUCUCGAUUUGGCAACUUUUUGUGAAACAGACAAUUUUAUUUCUGUGAACGAAUCUUUAAAC